CGCAGGCCGCUCCCUGCGCCGAGCCCCGCGCGCGUGUCCCGCUCGCGCUUCCCGCGGCGGCGGAAGUUUCGGAAGUCGCGUUUAACUCGGGACCUCGGCGGAGAGGACCCCCUGGGUUUUUUUCGUUCCAAGAUGGCAGCCUCCAGCCGUGCACAGGUGUUGGAUCUGUACCGGGCGAUGCUAAGGGAGAGCAAGCACUUCUCCGCCUACAACUACAGAACUUACGCCAUCAGGAGGAUAAGAGAUGCCUUCAGAGAAAAUAAGAAUGUAAAGGAUCCUGUACAAAUUCAAGCCCUAAUGAAUAAAGCCAAAAGAGACCUUGGAAUAAUCCGUCGACAGAUGUCUUGUGCGCAGCCCUGAUGGAGGAAUCGUAGCCUGCUGUGACACCACUGUGCACGUCUGCUACGGGUGCUCCAGACCCCUCACCCGACAUCGUGUGACUCCAUCUGCUUUCACACCCUCCUGUCUAGUCCCCUUCAGAUGACAGUUUCUGCACAGCUCCCCUAGGAACCCCCUGGGCUGACGUGAGCCGAGGCAGCAGGGCCCCAGGCCUGCCUGAGAAAGGGCAGUUCUACCUGGUUUACACAAUGGGCUUCGCCAAGCUUUGGUUUGCGCAAAGCAUUCCACAGCAGAACCACAAUGUCACCAUCACCACCCUCACCAUCGUAUUAAAACCAGCACUCUAGAGGGCGCUCUUCCAAACGCUCUUCCCUUGAAAGUACCGGUGCUCUCCUCGUUGCCUGGAGUGUCCUGCCCCCCACCUCCACUUAUUGAACUUGCCUGGUCUUUAAGGCAAUUUCCAAAUUUUUGCCUCCUUUGGGACGUUUUUCUGGAGCAGCCCAGUUAGUAACGAUGACUUCUGCUCAGAGGCAGAUUUAUGGUGAAACUACGGAAGCUUAAGUGCUCUCAGGCCCCUUCUGAUGUGUUCACGUAGUCAUGCAGUGAAAUAAAAUACAUGUUUUAUGGCAAGAUACGAACAAUUUAAACAUCCAUUUUUUUCUCUGCUCCUUUGGGCCUCCUCACUACCCCUUAGAGUGUAUUUCGCCUCUGCAUUAACCAGACCUCCUUAGGAGAUACCAUUCCUUCUUAAUCUUACAGAGUCAGGAGGACCCACUACUUGCUUUGUAUAUGCAGGUCUGGAUUGUAUAAACUGUAAAUAAUACAUCAUUUGAUGUAUAACCCUUUGUCUCAAAAACUGAUAUAACUGUGCUUUGACAGUCCUCAGAGCUUUCUGAAAGACUGUCUCCCCAAUUAAAAUCGUCAC